AUGCAUAGAAUCAUGACUUUUACCGGGAAAAACAAAAUUUUCGCAGGUUGUCAGCUACAAAUGCCAGUUUUAUUUGUGAAUGCUAGUCAAGUUAACAUUUUUCAAGCAUGCUGUACGAUUCUGCCAUUUGUAACUGCACCACCUACGCUACCGGCAACAUCACCUGUAACACCUCCACACUGUCAGUGUCCCAUGGAUCUGUACAGCGACAGCCUCUGCCCUGCAACUGGACCUUGCUAUCGAGAUCCUGGAGCAGUUACAUAUGGUCCUCCGCCACUGUGUCCAGUUACCAUAAACUGCGAACAAACGGACUACCUACUAUUUCAAUUCUCUGGUGGACGGAAAACGGACUACCUCAGUAACAUAAGGGUGCGUGACUUUCGUCAGCUGGCGGAUAUCCAGUGCGUCAAUGGCGAAUGGCGUUAUUAUGGCCAGGCAAGAUUUGACACAGUAUUGCGUCACGUCGUCUGUUAUUCCGUCGCAAUUCCCGUAGAACUACUCCCAGGGUAGGUGCAUAUGGCACCAUGAAGGAUUUAUGAACGAGCGAUUAUAUUAAAAAUGAUUGUUCAUUCCAGUUUUUGGCUCACAAUCCUUUGUUAGACCUUGUAGUAUCAAUGCUCGUUGAAAUUAUAAAAGAUGGUCAGCAGUGU